AUGCUCUCUCCCACUUUCUCCCUCCUCCUCACCCUCCUCCCUCUCACCACUCUAUCCGCACCCACCCUCGAAGAGCGUCGGGUCCGCGAUGGCCGCUUCACCUUCUACCCCCUCAAGACGCCUCUCUCCGGGCCCUGCGACCUCGAGAGAGGCCCCGACGGCGCCCUCUGGGGCGAAAUGAUCCUCGUCAACAAGAUCUUUCGCGUUGAUCCCCAAAGCGGAGAGGUCGACGAAUAUCCCAUCCCGUUCACGACGCCGUUGAGCAACCAGACGAUUCCCGGGUUGAACAACCCGCUUGUGCAGGAUCGGACGGCGUUGAGUUGUGCUAUAAGGACCGGGGCUGAUGGAAAUCUGUACGCCGCAAACGGGCUGAGGAACCAGCUUCUCAGAAUCAAUCCUCGCACGAAGAACAUUCAAGUCCUGCAGCCUCCGCCGAAUCCACUGGGGAAUCUGUUCAAUUUCAACGAUUUGUAUACCGCCAAAGAUGGCAUCUGGUUCACGCAGACUACAGGAAACGUCUUCCAAUUCUACUCCUUCACCACCCAAAAAUUCACAACCUACAACGUCCCCACACCCCUCGCCCUCCCCCUCGGCUGCUACGUCGACAGCGCCGGCCUAGUCUACAUAGCCGAACUCGUGGCCAACAAAAUCCUCGUCUUCAACCCCAAGACCAAAUCCCUCGCCGAAUACCCCCUCCCCCUCCCCCUCCAAUUCCCCGCCGUCAUCCGCGCCGAACGCGCCGGCUGGGUCUACUUCUCGCUCUUCAUCGGCAACGGCAUCGGCCGCAUCAACCAGAAAACGCACGAGAUCCAGCUGUUCCACACGAACCAGACGGGGGGUCUGGGCAGCGAGGAUACGAUCGACAAGUACGGGGGUGUGUGGUUGAGCUUUUUCACGACGGAUGUCAUGGCGAGGUUGGAUACGAAUACGUUGCAGUAUAGCUACGUGCCGUUCCCGGAUACGUUUGCGAGUGUCGGCGGGAAUGGGGUUGCGGGGGAUGUGCCGCCGUAUGUGGAUAUUGCGGUGAAUUAUGGGCCGGGGGAUGCGAUUUGGUUUACGAGUAUUUUGUAUAAUUCUGUGGGAAGGUAUUCGUUGACGGGGUUGUAUCAUUGA